AUGUCGGAGAAAGGGCCAGGAGCCUUUUCCACGCUUGAUGUGGUCUUCCCAUGGAUCAGCUCGCAGCCAUUACAGAAGCUCCCACACAACAUGUACCACGUCCGCAGUAUCGACUUCACGUGCAAGCAGAUUCUACAGAUCUCGCGCUCACCAGCACCUCCGCGAGAAGUCGUUGCCAUUGAAAGCAAAUUUCUGAGCAUGCUAGUUUUCUCCAGCUCGGCCAUGGAGCACUACAAUAGCAGUGUGCUUGCGGCGCAGCAUGCCCACCUCGACUGUUGGUUUGUAAAGAUGAAGAACGAGAGCAGUUUCACCGGCUUGCUCCCUCAUGUAUGGGGCAUCAACCCUGAAAAUGACGCUGUCCCAGUCUGUUGGGGUGACAGUGUUCAGCAGCUUAGAACAGCCCAGGUUUUUUUUUUGCGGACAUGA